GUCACAACUGAAGAUUGCGGACGAGUUGCUGGCUGGCCUGGCCAGGGUAAACAAUAACACAGAUACAGUGAGGUGUCAACUCGUGGCACUUAACAACCUUCACACUGACACCUGUGCUCUAACCAUGUUGCUGAAGCUGACGGUGCUACUAUCAUUGAUCUGCAUUGUUUCUUGCACGCUGUCAAAAAGCGAUAAGAAGAAGAAAACGACCGACAAUAAGGUAUCUGGUUCACUUAACAAGACUGUAUUUGAGCGUGGCCUUGUAACUGAUCGUCCUAAGUGGAAGGAUGUUGUGGAAAACCAUGGCAGCUAUCAUGGAAAUACUGCCCUCAGAGCUGUAAGCCAUAUGACUCUGGCUUAUGUCACCCCGUGGAACAAUCAUGGCUAUGAUGUAGCCAAGUUUCUGGGUGGUAAAUUUACAAUAGCACCAGUUUGGCUACAGCUGAAACACAGUGGAGGAGAAACCAUCAUUACUGGAGACCAUGAUAUUGACCAAGGGUGGAUGAAGGAAAUUAAAAAGGCUGGAAAAGGUGUUAAUGUCAAAAUUGUACCUCGAAUUUUAUUUGAAGGAUGGCAACCCCGUGAUUUCAGAGAACUCUUUGAUUCGGAGAAUCAACGUGAUAAGCUUGCUAAUAACAUCAUCACUUUGAUCAAGAUGCACCAUUUAGAUGGUAUUGUUUUGGAGAUUUGGAGUCAGAUGCCUAAUCUUGAGCUGCUUGAACAAUUGCCAAGUUUUGUGCGUGAGCUGGCGCAAAAGAUACGCAAAGCUGGCCACACAUUUAUUCUCGUUAUUCCACCUGCUGUAUACCAAAGAAAUUCUCCGGGUUCCUUUUUAGAAAAACACUUCAAAUUGUUGGUGGAUGUUGUUGAUGCAUUUUCUCUCAUGUCGUAUGAUUUCUCCAGUUUCCAGAAUCCAGGUCCUAAUAGCCCUGUAUGGUGGAUGCGUGACUGUGUUGAAAGACUGGUCCCUGAGGCUUCAUCUCCUGACCGUGCCAAGAUCCUUCUUGGUCUGAAUAUGUAUGGGCUGGACCACAGUGUAACAGGAGGAUCUCAUGUGCUUGGUCAUCAGUAUAUUAACAUCUUGUCCACUUACAAACCCAAAUUCAUUUAUGACGAUGUGUCAAAGGAGCAUUAUUUUGAGUAUAAAUCUAAGGCUGGUCGGCACGUGGUUUUUUACCCAACAUUACAAUCCAUCAGUGUUCGAGUACAACUAGCAAAUGAGUUGGGCACUGGGAUAUCACUGUGGGAAAUUGGUCAAGGCCUUGAUUAUUUUUAUGAUUUACUAUGAUAAACUAGUCUUUACUAAUUUAAAUGGUGCUAACAAUUUGGUUAAUAUACAAGUGCAUAAGUAACUAGUAAUAAGUUUAAUUGUACAGCAGAGUUGUAAUAUACUGUAGUAUACCCAGUCAUAUUUUAGGUUCUGUUAAACAGCAUCUUUUAUGUGAAAAAAUCUAAAUGAGAUUUUAUAUGUACCAGUAUUGCAAUAAUAUCUUUACACACUGCAUAAUUUUCAUUUUGUUUACACAGCUGUUGGUAUUUUAUUUCAUUCAUGUGUUUACUGAAGAAAUGCAUUGCAUGCUUCAUUUUUUGUUAUGCAAAUGAUUCUUUUUCCAAGAUUAACCUGUAAACGGUCCAAACGUAUAUAUGUUUUUUCAACAUUUGAAAGUAUGUAAAAAAAGCAGAUCUUCAUUUUGUUUUUUUACAUUUGAAAAUGUGUAAAAAAAACUUUGAUCUGCUUUUUUUUUUUUAUAUUUGAAAAUAUGUAAAAAAAAAAAAAGUAGAUCUACUUUUGUAGCACUACACAUGUGAACGUAGAUCUGCUUGGACCGUUUAUGGGUUAAUAGCCAGACUUAAUCCAGUUUUGAUUUUUUUUUUAUGGUUGUUCAGAUGAGGUGUAGAGGUUAUUGAACACUAAAAUAUUUUUGUCAUCAUCAUACAAAGUUUCUUUGAAUACAGCACAUUAGGUUACACACUGAAAUGUCAUACUAUCAUUACUAUUGUAACAUUGAGGGAGGAAUCAUAUGGGUCCAUAUAGGGCUCCUCAAAUGGGAGUUUAUAUCACAUUACAGUAUUGUACAUAGUAUAUUAAAAUCAUAGUUAUAACAGACUGGCUGAAGGGUUGUUCACAGUAAUUAAAUAAUUUUGUUGCCUAUUAAACAAAUUUGUCCCAAGAUAACCUUUGUCCAUAAAUCUAUAAAAAACUAAGUUAUAAGCACCUUAACAUUGAGCAAUUACCAGAGGUAAGCAAGGUCUAUCAGCUUAAAGCUUGAGAGCUGUGGGAGCAUUUAUUAUCCUCUUACAAAAUCACAUGAAAUAAAUACAAUUUUAAAAAUCA